AUGUUCACAGACCGGAACGAGGGCAGUGGCAAGCACACCACUAGACCGGGCGUUGCCCGGCGCUCCCUGCUGCCUUUGUCCCUCCCUGCAGAAUUGGAACCCAACAACCGCAGCGCGCUCUCGGAACCAUGUUGGCGGGUCCCGCCCCUGUCACGUGAAUGCGCGCGCCUCUCUUCCUGCUUUCCUGACCCUCUCCGCCAUUUAAAGAAACAGUACCGGGGGCGGGCCGAGCGACGCAGCCCGGACGAAGCCCUGGCGCGCCCUCCCCCCCUCCCCGGUCUGGUAGGGCGAAGGAGUGGGCGCGCGGUCGAUCGAGCGAUCGGUUGGCGGCUCUUUCUCCUGCUCUGGCAUCCAGCUCUUGGGGCGCAGGCCCGGCCGCCGCGGCGCGCGCCCGGUGGCCGUUGGCGCUCGCGCCGCGUCUUUCUUCUCGUACGCAGAACUCGGGCGGCGGCCUAUGCGUUUGCGAUCCGGCGAGGAGUCGUCCGGGUGGUCGGUGGCGGGGGGCAGCUGCUCCGCCCCGCUCCGGGGGAGGCAGCGGCGGCAGCGGGAUUUGGCGCGGCCGGGGAGGCGGGGGUGGCCGGGGCCGGCCUGGAGGCCUGGCGCCACCCUUCCGGACCUGGAAGGACCCAGUUGGGGGGGCAAGAGGGGGCCGGAGGAUGGUUGGUGGUGGGCUUUCUACUUUGCCUUUUCCUCCUCAUGCCGCCUUAGUGAGGGGCGGGAGGUCUGGCGGCAGCUCCGGGGUGGGAAGAAGCGCUCCGGAGUCGGAAGACCUGAGUUUGCUUCCGGGCCUAGCCACCAGUUGGCCGAGUGACCUUAGGCAAGUCACUCUGUAAUUUGUCUGCGCCUCAGUUUCCUCCUCUGCCUGUCAAUGUGUGUGGAAUUGAAAGUGCUUUGUAAACUACAAAGCGUUGGUUGUACGUAAAGGAUUAUUGUUUGUGAUGUUUUUGAGUUGUAAGAGAACUUAGAAAUUAUUCAAUCCUUGUAUUUUGAACCUGAGGACCUUGGAUUGGAGUUGGAGGUUCCCAAACUCCCUGAAAUUGUAUGCAGAAAUUUUUGGGAAUUUGCGUUUUAGGGGAAUAAUGAUCCAUCGCUAGCAAGUUUCAAAGGGGGCCGUGAUGCGGAAGAGUUAACAACAACGAUUCCUUUAUGCCACAGGGAGGAAACUGAGGCCUAGAUGUCAUUUGGGACCCUUCACAACCAAUUUAAGCCCUUGUUUGAGUCCCUGGGAUAUGUGAGCAGUUUCUAUGCAUAACGAAUGGAUAUUGGGGUAACAGCACUCCCCUGCUUGGCUUUUAUUCUGUAUCCUUUCCUUUCCUUUAACCACGGGGUGCCUGAAAAGUGGCUGAUGCAUAUGGUACAAGGGCACCCAAUAUAAAGCAGCUACAAUUAGAUGUGGAUGUGUUCUCUAGUAUCAGGAAGCUUAUUUAAUUUUUGGCCCAGCUACUCUUUUUGCUGCUUGUACCAGUGCCAGUCAACUUUUCUGACCCUUUAACCAUUUUCCACAACCGCGGUUCCCAUCCAUUACUUGCUCUUAUUUUGUAUCCCUAGUCUGUGUGGUUGGUAGUGAACAGGCUUAUUUUUAAAUGGUGCUGCCAAGCCCAGCUAAUUAAUGGUGCAGUGUGGAUUUUUAGCAAGUGGACUCACUGGAACAGACUAAACCAGACAUGGAAUUCCUGAAGAUGUUUGGGGUUUUUUAUUAAUUGAAGGUUGACAUUUUCUGGAGAGUUUUGUUAGAUCUCCUACAGAAACUCAAAAUCAGUAGAUUCGGAAGUGAUUCACAACUUUUCCCAGCCUGCCUUGUACUCCAUUUGCUUGCAAGUGUGAUACUAAGAUGGCCAAAAUGCCAGUUUUUGCUUCUUUGUUAGUUGUCAGCUGCUUUUAUUAAGUUCCAGGCCAUUAUCCAGCAAGCACUAAAAAUGUUUGAACAGUUGCAUUUCAGACAUUUUCAUUUUGUGGAGUGGUGCUUACACAAAGUGGUACAACUCUAAGCAAGUGUACAGACACAUUUUAAGUGUAUUUUGUCUGAUUAGAUGUUAGUCAAUUAUACUGUUUUAUUCAAAUGUUUGAAAAAAUCAAUUGACUAUUCCCUUUAAACUAAAGGGCAGAGACAAAUAAUCUCACUUCCAGAGAAAUGACUGUUGGGAGAAAAAUGUGUUGGUCUUUUAGCUCUUUUAUAAUUAAAUCUGGAUGUACCUCAAAAGAAUCUUUAAGACUGUGGUGAUAAGAUGCUUUUCUCAGAUGAAAGGAGGCAAAAUACAACUGGAACUCAGAAGCUUGAAAUUCUUUGUUAAAACAAGAUGUCCAGGAUUGGAAGUUGAAAAAGUUUCACUACAGUGUUCUGCACUAGUUCAAGCAAAUGUCUUUCAGUGUAGCCACAGCCAUGGACUCCAGAUUUCCAGAUUUUCAAGAACUGGACCUCUUUCAGCCUGAAAGAGCUUGUCAGAAUGUGGCAGGAACACUGGAGGUAGAUUACCUUUUAUUUUUUAAUUUCGGUACUGUUGACCUUGCUGUGAGAAGAGAGGCAACAACUGAGCAAGCACUGCCACCAGCGCUGUUACUGGGAAUUAGAAGACCUGAGUUUCUGCCCAGACCCUCAGUGCAAACUGAGGAUGCUCCAUCCAAAGUGAAUUACGAUAGCAAACUCCUUGAAAGCAAGGGCCUUGUUUAAUGCAUCUUUGCCCGUACAUACCACCACCUAUGUUGAAGCAUUUAUUAGAAAGGAGGAGUUUAGAGUGCAGGCUGUCUCAGAAUAAGCACUCAUCCUGAGCCUCCUGAUUGCUGAGUUUUCACCUGGACCUUCUGAUACCUUCCUUGUACUAUUCCAUCAGCCUACAGAUCUGGUACCUGGAUUUUUGCCCAUGGUGAUUCUGACCACCUUACUACUGAUGAAGACACCAUUGCAGUGAACCACUGUGACCCAAGAGACAUUCAGCCAUUAUGAUGUGGCCUUUACCUCCACUCCUGUCCUGUUCUACCCAGCACAGCCCUUUUUAAUGAAGUCAGAGUCCUCGAGCCAAAUAGUUGAAGCUAUUUUAUCACAACAAAGGCCUAGUUUGUUCCAUGAGUGUGCAUUUCAUUUCUUCAGUUAAAGCCUUCAGAGACACACAAUAAAUUUGGACCAAGGGGUUUUUAGUUACUAAAGCUGUCUGAAGAAAGGCAACAUACAUCUCUUUGAGAACAGAAUUGGACCAUACCCCACAAUCACAAAUGAUUAAAGUUUGUGAACUGUCUAGGAUCCCAUCAAGGUCACUGGACUCUGUUUUUCUACUUCAAAUCUGUAGUAGCCUACUGAAUGAGAAAGCAUUCUGACCCAUUUGGGAUCAAAACAAAGGCACAGUGAACUCCUCAUAAGCAUCUUUGGGAUUACUCAGGAACCAGAACUUUUCACACAAAUGUAAGAAAUUCUGCCAAGGAAUCCCUUUACCUAACAGCAUCUCACAAGUCUCCAAUCAGAUGCCAGGAAAGGCCUCUUGAUACAUCAAGCAUUUUGUGAACAACUUAUUCUUAGAUCAAUGGUUUUCCAAAGGCUUUGUGGCCAUGAAGCCCUUUGAAUGAAAAUUAUGUGGAAGCCCAGAGUAAAAAUGAAGCUGCUCUGGGUGAAGAAGUGAAGCAAGCAUAGAAGCCCGAAGCCUGCCACAGCAUCUUCCUUUACUACCAUGGUGACACCGAGGAGACUUCCUUACAACACCUAGAACUCUUCAGAACACAGUUUGAAAACCACUGCCCUAGACAGCAAUAUAUUUGACCUGAAUGGCAUUCUGAUCUUUUUCUGUACCUCCAUUCAACAUCAUCCAUGUUCAGUCAAUGCCAAACAUUUCUUAGGAAUACUGUGUACAAACUUAGAGAAGUGCAAGAAGAUGGGCAUGUCUUUGCCCCCAAGAAUAGUCAUGUGGACUGAAAGUGCUGUUAAGUGAACCUAGUUAACAGCCUUACACCUCAGAUGAACUUCCAGUUACUGUAAUUGGAUGUAGCCAGAGAGCAAUUCUAUGCACCCUAUACUGACAAACCCCUUCAACUUCUUUCACAAACAAGAUACUCCAGUGGUACUUGAAGUGGAUGAUUUGAAGUCUUGAUUCUCCAUGGAUACCUGAAUUGUUGGCAAGCUGUUAUUGAAGGUGAUGCCUCAUUGAGGCCAUAAUAGACCAACAUGGAUAUUUAUGCUCUCAUCAGCCCUGGUACUCUACCUUAUGUGCAAGAGAUAGCCAUUAACUAUGAAAGCAGAAUUCACAUCCAGCAAAUCCUAAAAGGACUCAAUACUUGUUCAUCAGUCAUCUUUUCAAACUGCAAGUCACUGUAUUGCUCACCAGUGACAGUUACGCUGUUCCUUGGUUUUAUUCAGUUUUUCUACCAUUUCUGAGAUAACUGAGCUCAUAACCUUUUUGUAAAAUGAUUCCUUCACUGGCAUAUCUGCCUGUUUGCCAAUAUUAUGACCACUCAGUACUAACUUUAUGAAACAGCUGAUCCUCAAGAGACAAUCUUUGAAUAUACUGUCUCAUAAACGUGAUAUAAAAUGUAACCAUUGGAGAAGUUCUUCUAGCCAAUGAGAGAUGUUCUUUUAAGAUGAGACUCCUUCUGAUGUCUGAAGAACUAUCAGUGGUAGGAAUAGUUGGAGGCAGGCACUUUGACCAGGCCAUGAUAGCUAGCUUACUUGCUCUCGUAUUUCAAAUAUCUUAUUGCCUACAUUUUUGCUGGAAACAUAGACUGACUUGAAAAAAAAAUCUACAAAGACUGCAGCUGAAGAUUUUAUUAGUAGACUCGAGAGCCUCUCUUGUGGAAUCACAUCUGUCCCAAUGCUGUCACCUUACACUGAGAGUGGCUGACUAUAUUCCUUGCGAUGGGAUAUUCUCAGGCAUUAAGCUGACCUGUUUCUGUAGGAAAGAUUCAAUUCAUGAACUCUGAGACCAUGUUGGACAAGGAGACUUGUGAAAAAAUCUCAUCCCUUUUAUGUCACAAUUUAAGGUCCAGCUAUUCUGAGCUACUCUAAUGAAUGCACUGUUUAAACAUUGGGAAUACUUAUAUCCCUGUCUCUGAUGCUGUAGACUAACAGUAACUAUAUGACUCGCUCUCCAUGUCAUCAAACAAGGCCUAGGUCUGGUUCCUCUAGACUGCUCACCCUCAACAAACAAAAAAAAAUUGGAUGUUGAUUAGCCUGCUUCUAUAUACAACCAUUAUUUAUAAAAGAGAAUAUUAUCUUCAAGCACAGUUUUCUACCUUUCAGUUGUCAGCUCUUAUUUUCCCAUACUUUACAAAAGAUGUUGAUCUACACUGCCAGUCAUUACCUCUAAUACUGUCCUCAGUAAAAAUGAGUUCUAAGAUGAGGAUGAUCAUCUGCUCAAGAGUCUUUAAUGUACACUGCAUAUAAGAAUUGGUGAUUGGAAAAGCCAAAAGUCUAAACUUAAACCUAGGAGCUUGCCUACUAUCUUCAUGCCUCAGAGAUGAGCUGAGUUACAGAAGGUGAAAACUUGAUUACCAAAGAAAGUAGGGCCAACUUUGACAAACAUGGCUCUGCUGCCCAGUAUAGCUCCCAGAUGUAGCAUGGGCUCCUAAACAGAACCUCAAGUCUGGACUAAGGAUAUGGCCUUCUCAGCUGAAAGUUCUUGGGCAGAUGAGCAAGAAAAUGAAAGCUGAUGUGCCUGACUGGCCUUUAAGAUUGGAAAAUGAUAUCUAGACCAGCCCUAUUGAUUAACCCUAGAGUAACCAGGGUAAAACUCAUUUACAGAGCUUCAAUAUUAAUCUACCUGUUCUUCCAGAUCAUAUUCUGACUAAUGGUAUGUUUGGCCCAACUGAAGGUACCUUGUUUGUUUGCCUGCCUUUUUUGACAUGUUGCUGCAAUCACAUUGACCUAUACCUGAUUUCAGCCUAUCUUGUGCCUAAUUCCACCAAGGAUUUCUGAAUAGAAGCAACUCACACCUCGCUCUGUCAGAACUUACUGUUCACAACAGGAAGAACCAUGCUGUGUACUCCUUGACCAGCACCUUUUAAAGUUUUUAGGUAUAGAGUAAGCUUCUAUGCUAAUCUACUGUUUGAUCAUUUCCAUCACCUGGGACCUUGCUAUCCUAUCUGGAAGGAGUACAGCAGAUCAGAAGCAGUAUCAGUUCUGUCUUCAGUAAUAACAGAGAUGAGUCUGGUCUACCAGUACUCACAAGAAUGUACCAGUUCAACUUGGCAAAAGACUUGAACACAAGAAAAGUUUUCUGUUCACCUUAAAAUUUACCACUGACUCAACCUCAUAGAAUUUUUUGCCAGUGAGAGGCAAGUUACCUUCAUGUCAGAUGGUUGGGCUCUCAGAUUCACGACCACUGAGUUUUCUUGUGGUGUCAUCCAUAGUAUGCUGUUGGACAUUAUUAUUCCAUUCAAAUGGACUACAGGCUUCCUGAGAACAAAUUUAACCCACAUGGCGGUUUUUUUAAGAAUGCUUUUAUUACCAAGGAAGAAACAGUGGCCAGCCGUUACCAUUCAACUUCAAGAGCAGAGGUGAAGCUUUUAGGUUGUCUCAUCUGAUUCUGGACAUCAGUUGUUUGGUUGCCUAGCAUCUAUUCCAUCUUAUUGUAACAACUCCCUGAUGUUCCUUGGGACGACCUCUUUUUUUCAGUCCAUGUGGUUUGAGCAGUCUGACCCACCCUUGGGCUUUGUGGGUGGACAUGUAAUUUGGACCUCAUCAAUUAGCAAAUCCAUCUCCUUGACCAUGGUGAUUGGUUCAGGAAUGGUUACGUGAUUCAAUUUGGUCCAGUGAUACUCAACCUUAAGAGUUAAUAAACUGGAGGAAGAGAAGCUCUCUUUAUUGAGGUGCUUUAGCUUUGUAGAAUAAGAAGCUCAAAUAGGGCCUACCACAUUAACUGAACCAUUUAAAGAACGAAGCCAACACAGAGGAAAGCAGAGCCAAAAUAUAGAGAGACUUGAAUCCUGAAAACAACAUUUGUGCCCCUGGAUCCAACCGUGCCUGAAGCUACUAUAUCCCCUGGACUUUUCAGUUAUGUGAACCAAUAAAUACUCUUUUUUGCUUAA